ACCCAUUCAUAUUCCUCUCUCUCUCUCUCUCCACCAUCAUUUUCUCUCUCUAAAAUACCUUCGCUGUGUCCUGCCGCUUCCUCUUCCUGCUUCAUCUCCUUUCCCCCAAAAAAAAAAAAAAAAAAAAAAAAAAAAACCCACAAAACCCUCACUUUUCGCUAACCCACUUCCACCACCACCUCCAGGUGGUGCUCCGGCCGAUCAACCUAGAAACCACUUUUACAAACCCCACUUUGUGAACGACGACAAUGGCGGCCACGGCGGCCUCUGAUGUCACCGACGGACCAGUCCUCAGCCUCAUCAACAAGCGCGUCCGAGCCCUCCGCAAGAAAUUGAACCGCAUCGUUCAGAUGGAGGAAGCCAUAUCACAAGGCAAGCAAAUUAACAACGAACAAAAGGAAGUUCUUCGCUCCAAACCCGCCGUCGCCGCUCUAAUCGACGAGCUCGAGAAGCUCCGUCAACCGCUUUCCACUGCGGUUUCAGAGGAGAUCGACCUCGCCGUUCAACGCCACCAGGUCUCGCUCUCCACCCAGCCUCUCGCUGAUAAUUCCGAGAAGGACGACGGGAAUGAACAGCCCAAUGGACCCGAGCCCGUAACACGGGAAUCCGAUCAGCAGGGUGUGGUGGAGGAUGUUCUGAAUCUUCUAUAUUUUGGGUCUCUGUUCGACGUCAAGUCGCAGAGUGACUUUACGUCGACUAUGUUCACCAGGACCCAUGAACGUGGUUGUUGCUUGACCUACGACUAUGUCACCGACGACGCCACGGAUCUGCUUGGUGAGAAGGACUUGGAUUUGAUUUCCAAGUUGGGUGGGCUUUUGAUAUCGCGGCCGGUGGAUUCGAGCUUGUCGCACAAGAAUGCGCUGCACCAGUGCUUAGAGCACGCUAAGCUAUGGCUCGAGAAUUCAGACCAGCCCAUUGAGCCUAGUUCUAAUAUUACUUAUGCGGGACUGAGAGAGAGGCUGAACAAGAUUAUGGCUUCAGACUACUUCAUCACCACGCCUGAGAUGAAAGCUCCUGUGGAAGUUGCUGCUGCUGCAGGAAAUUAUGCUGCUUUCCAGGUGCCAGUGCAUAGCUCCAUCCCAUCCGUCUCGGUUCCUGUCCAGGUGGAAAACUCGGUCUCACAGUUCCAACAGGAAGAAGGAACAAGUUUUCAAGGACAUGAAAUCAGUGACAAUCAACCAAGUCCUCUAGAGGAACUUCAGGAGGCUUCUAUUUUGCAGGAUGAUGAAGUUGAACGGGAAUAUUCUGCAGAGGCUGUCUCUGUUGAUCAAGAACAAGUUAGACCAGAGGCAGAAGUAGUCCAGAGAGACUUUGAAUCAAAAGAUCAACAGUAUGUUCCACGAAGGUCCUAUCAGAAUCAAAGAGGUGGCCGUGGUGCUGGAGGUGGCCGUAGGGGUUAUCCGAAUGGCCGUGGAGGUCGAGGCAGCAGCAGAGGGGGUGGCGCCUACCAGAAUGGUCGGAACCAAUAUUAUGAGCAGCCUGGAGGUUAUUAUCCAAGGAAUUAUUACAGCAAUAACCAUAGGGGAAGAGGGGGAAGGGGUGGUGGGCCACCUUACAACAAUAACCAUGGAUCUGUUCAAGUUGGUCAAGCCUCAGCCAGCAUUGGGGUUGGUUCAUGAUGUCGAUAGGAUGCAUGUCACUAGCUUUAUGUGUGGGUGGUGAAACUUUCUUUCCUUUGCAUGAAGAAUUGAUCUUGAAUGUGAGUUACCGACAGAAUUCACCAUCCAUUACACUUUUUUGUAGUCAAGUUAAUGAAGGAUUUCAAACCAGAAACCAUUACCAAAAAAAAAAAAAAGUAGUUUUUUGGACCUAUUUUGAUAUGGUUUAUUAGAACUUAGCUUCUGAUAGUUGAUUGACAUUCCAAUCCAAUUUAGAUUACGUUUAUAAGCAUUGAAAACGUGGGAACGUGCAUUUGAAGUAGAAUUGGUGUUUUAGAUUAUGAACUCGAUAUGAAGAAUCUAGGACGGUGAAAAAAGUUGCUUAAUGAAUGGUUUCACUUUUGUAA